CCCUCAGUGUAGCGUGUCGCUUUGUGCCCAGCACGCCGUUCGCGUUGUUGCACCUGCUAAGCGAGCUGCCGUGUGGAGAUGUUUCACCAGCCUGUGCUGAAGAACCGGCGCACGCUGCUCGAACGAGCCGAGAAGUUCAUCUCUGACAUUUAUUUCACUGACUGCAACCUGAGGGGACGGCUUUAUGGAGACUCCUGCCCACUGGAAACUCUCGCCUCUUUCCUUUCUCCUAAACGAAUCACGUUCGCUGAAGCUUGUCAGCAGAACUUUUCACCUUAUAAAGUCAGCGACACCUUCGGACCAACAUGGUGGACCUGCUGGUUCAAAGUGACCCUGAAAAUCCCGGAGUCUUGGAGAGGAAAGGAGGUCCAUCUCCGGUGGGAAAGUGAUGGGGAAGCGAUGGUUUGGAGAGAUGGGCAGCCUGUGCAAGGUCUGACUAAAGAAGGUGAAAAGACCAGUUACAUUCUGUCUGACUGUCUGAAAGCAGAUGAACCCCACAGUGUCACGCUCUACGUGGAAAUGGCCUGUAACGGACUCUUUGGAGCUGGUCAGGGAUCCAUGAUCGCAGCUCCAGAUCCAAACAGGAAGUUUUCCGUACAGAGAGCCGAGCUGGUGAUCUUUAACCGGGACGUCAGGAAUCUCCUGACUGAUUUUGAGAUGCUUGUUGACAUUGUUAAGGAACUUGGAGAAGGAGAGCAGCGAGGAUACCAGGCUCUCUUCACUGUCAAUGAGAUGGUCAACCUCUGUGAGCCCUCUGAUCCCGGCUCUUUCUCCAGAGCGCACACCCUGGCUCAGAACUUCUUCAGCCAGCGGAACGGAGACAGUCAGCACACUGUCCACGCUAUGGGCCACUGCCACAUAGACUCAGCGUGGCUCUGGCCCUAUGAAGAGACCAUCCGCAAAUGUGGCCGCAGCUGGGUGACGGCGGUUAAUUUAAUGGAGAAGAACCCCGAGUUUGUUUUUACCUGCUCAUCAGCUCAGCAGUUUGACUGGGUGAAGAGCUGGUACCCGGGACUCUUCUCUAGAAUCCAGCAUUUCGUGAAGAGAGGCCAGUUCAUUCCCGUCGGAGGAACGUGGGUGGAAAUGGACGGCAAUCUGCCUUCAGGCGAGUCCAUGGUGCGACAGUUUCUGGAGGGCCAGAGUUUCUUUAACCAGGAGUUCGGGAUGCUUUGCAAAGAGUUCUGGCUUCCGGACACGUUUGGCUACUCGGCUCAGCUUCCUCAGAUCAUGCAGGGCUGUGGGAUCUCCAGCUUUUUGACACAGAAGCUCAGCUGGAAUUUAGUCAACACCUUUCCUCACAACACAUUUUUCUGGGAAGGUCUGGACGGCUCCCAGGUUUUAACGCACUUCCCUCCUGGAAAUUCCUACGAGAUGAAGGGCAAGAUCGAAGAACUGCUGAGAACUGUGAAGAACAACAAAGACAAAGGCCGAGCUAACCACAGCGCGGCGCUCUUUGGUUUUGGGGACGGCGGCGGCGGGCCGACUCAGCUCAUGCUGGACAGACUGCGCCUCGUUCAGGACACAGAUGGACUCCCGAGGGUCCAGAUGUCCACUCCCUCCAAACUGUUUUCUCAGCUGCACGCCGACUCGGCUCUGUUGUGCACGUGGACCGGAGAGCUCUUCCUGGAGCUGCACAACGGCACGUACACCACACAGGCACAGAUAAAACGAGGAAACCGUCAGUGCGAGGCUCUGAUCCAUGAUGUUGAGGUCGCCAGCAGCUUGGCGCUGUGCCGCGACAGGACGUUCCUGUAUCCUGUCGAAAAGCUGCGGGAGCUCUGGAGGCUGCUUCUGCUGAACCAGUUCCACGAUGUGAUCCCUGGCAGCUGCAUUCAGCUGGUCGUGGACGACGCGCUCAGAUACUAUGAAGACAUCCGUCGUGACGGCGCCGCUCUUCUGAACGCUGCUUGUGAAGUAUUGGGUACAAAAGGCAGCGCCCUCGGCGUUUUUAACUCCCUGCCGUGGGAGCGCACUGAAGUCAUCCAGAUUCCAGACGGCAAAGGAAAGCCUGACCUCGCCUUGGUGAGCGUUCCCAGCAUCGGCGUCUCUCCUGUUCAGCCCACGCAGCCACUGACUCCGGUCUCUGUCACUGUACAGGCAGACGGCACCGUCCUCAUGGAGAACGGGAUUUUACAGACCGUCAUCAACAAAGACGGAACGUUGGCUUCACUGAAUUUAAUCAGUUCAAACAGAGAAACCAUCUCUGACGGCUCCUUUGGGAACCAGUUUGUCCUAUUUGAUGACGUCCCUCUGUACUGGGAUGCUUGGGAUGUGAUGGAUUAUCACCUUCAGACGAGGAAGCCGCUGCAGGAGGCGGAGCAGCCGGUCCAGGUGGUUUCCUCAGGGGGCCUUCAGGGCAGUGUAAGCUUCACCCUCAGGAUCAGUGAUAAAAGCACCGUCACUCAAGAGAUCGUCAUGGAUGCCGCCUGUCCCUACAUCAAGUUCAACACAGAGGUGCAAUGGGCAGAGUCGCACAAGUUCCUGAAGGUGGAGUUUCCCGUGCGAGUGCGCAGUCCCAACGCAACGUACGAGAUCCAGUUCGGCCAUCUGCAGAGACCCACACACAGAAACACCUCAUGGGACUGGGCCAGAUUCGAGGUUUGGGGUCACAAAUGGGCCGACCUGUCGGAGCAUAACUUUGGCGUCGCUCUGCUGAACGACUGCAAAUACGGUUAUUCUGUUCACAAGAACACAAUGACACUUUCCCUGCUGAGGGCGCCCAAGGCCCCAGACGCCACUGCAGACAUGGGAACUCAUCAGUUCACGUAUGCAAUCAUGCCACAUGCAGGCUCUUUUCAGAACGCUUCAGUCAUCCGCUGUGCGUACAACCUCAACCACCCUCUGAGGUUCCUCCACUGCAGCCCCGACUCCGCGCCUUUCAGUGCCUUCUCCGUGAGCGCCGAGGCGGUCGUACUCGAGACCGUUAAACAGGCUGAGGACACAGCGGGGGCGCUCGUGGUUCGCCUGUACGAAUCCCACGGGAGCAGCGUCACUGCAACCCUGAGCACCGCCCUUCCCGUCAGAGAGGCCUGGCCUUGCGAUCUCCUGGAGCGGCGGGACUCCACCCAGCCAGCGCAGGUCACGCCAGGAGGGAUCACGCUGAAGUUCACUCCCUUUCAGAUCAUCACACUUCUGCUCAUCUUGUAAUUUCAUAUUCUGUAUUACAAAGGUUCAGGGGGAUCAAUGACCAAAAACACCUUCUCUUUAGAGGUUAAAAAUCUGAUGCUGUUGUUUAAAGCUACAUUUUUUAAAAAAUCACUUUAUUUGGUAUGAAAUCAAUAAAAACUGCUGUACAUUUUUUGUAGAAAUGACUUUAUUAAAAAAGAAAAUUACAGUAUAAAAGAAUAA